GAGAAUCCAUUAGGAAGGAGCAAAAGCUUCAAGAAGAGCUCAGCUGAGAUUCGAUAACAUAAAUUCGUAGUGGAUGUGGACAAGCCCACCGCCCGUCCAAGGUCACACGCUCUCGUUUUCCACUGCACGCAGCUGGGGGUCCCCCUCAAGUGGGAGGAAAACUCCCAGGGAGGUGCAUGGGCACCCAGGAGAGAGGGUGGUCAGCACUGUCAGAUGUGGCAGAAAGGUCGAGCACCGAGAAAAGGUAAUUAGACUGGGCCAGAAGGACUGGAUGACUGCCCGCCCCUUCGAUAUGCAAAUGAGAUGCAGAGGGGACAGCCCCAGAGGCUCCUAAGAAAACGAGAAUUUCCCCCCACCUCGCCGAACUAUGGUCUCAUCCAGCUUCCCUUCCCCUCCUUUCCCAUGGUUUCGCCCUAGAACUAAAACAAUCCAAUCGAUGACUCGAUGCUCAGGCUCGCUACCCAUCGAUUCGUUCCGACUCUCCCAGCCGUCCUGAGUCCCGGUGGAGUGGGGAUCCUUGUGUGAGUAAGGCUGCUUGGAUCUGGAUUCAUCCUUGUGUAGGGAACCUCUCUUCUGCUUCAUCUGAGACAAGCAGCACUACCUUAGGCCUCUGAAGCAUUAUGCACCCAAAAGCCUGACCUCUCAUCAUCAGAGCCACAGAUAACAGGUCAGACAGGAAGCAAGUAUGUUGUCCACAAGCACAUUGUCCUCUGGAUGAUCAUCAUCUGUUACCUUGGAGUGCUGCGAAGGAGCUGGCACCAAGUGUGAGUUCCCCUGGGGACUCAAGCACCAGAUGAGGAAGCCAAGGCUCCAGUCAGUUAAGUAACACACCUUCAGGAGCAUUUAGUAAUCCGCAGAGUGAGCCGUCUCACUUCCACUCCAGUGCCCUCUCCUGCGGGUGGUCGCCUUCUGCAAGCCUCUCUUUUAAAGUGUCUAAUCAUGAACACCUCCCAGGGCACUGUGGGCAGUGACCCUGUCAUCCUUGCCACGGCCGGCUACGACCACACUGUACGCUUCUGGCAGGCACACAGUGGGAUAUGUACCCGCACAGUGCAGCACCAAGACUCACAAGUGAAUGCCCUGGAGAUUACCCCAGACAGAAGCAUGAUUGCCGCUGCAGGUUACCAGCACAUACGAAUGUAUGAUCUCAAUUCCAAUAACCCCAACCCUGUCAUCAACUACGAUGGAGUGAGCAAGAACAUUACCUCUGUGGGCUUCCAUGAGGAUGGCCGCUGGAUGUACACAGGAGGAGAGGACAGCAUGGCCAGGAUCUGGGACCUUAGGUCACGGAAUCUCCAGUGCCAGCGAAUUUUCCAAGUGAAUGCGCCCAUUAACUGUGUGUGUCUGCACCCCAACCAGGCUGAACUGAUUGUGGGUGACCAGAGCGGCGCUAUCCACAUCUGGGACCUGAAAACUGACCACAACGAGCAGCUGAUUCCUGAGCCCGAGGUCUCCGUGAAUUCAGUUCACAUUGACCCUGAUGCCAGUUACAUGGCAGCUGUCAACAGUACAGGAAACUGUUAUGUUUGGAACUUGACCGGAGGCAUUGGGGAAGAAGUGACUCAGCUGAUUCCCAAAACCAAAAUUCCAGCUCAUACGAGAUAUGCCCUGCAGUGUCGGUUCAGCCCAGAUUCCACGCUCUUGGCCACCUGCUCAGCAGACCAAACGUGCAAAAUCUGGAGGACCUCCAAUUUCUCUCUGAUGACCGAGCUGAGCAUCAAGAGCAACAAUCCUGGGGAGACUUCGAGAGGCUGGAUGUGGGACUGCGCCUUUUCUGGAGACUCUCAAUACAUUGUAACAGCCUCCUCUGACAAUUUAGCACGGCUGUGGUGUGUGGAUACAGGAGAGAUCAAGAGAGAGUAUGGUGGACACCAGAAGGCUGUAGUCUGCCUGGCAUUCAAUGACAGUGUCCUGGGCUAGCCUGAAAGCCUCCUGUCUGCCCUUGGGCUUUCAGGGAACAGGACCUGCUCAAGACUGCACUGCUAGUCAAAGAAAUUGGGCUUUUCUGACCAUGGAAAGUCUCAGCUUCAGCUCAGAGCAGAAUAUGGUCUCUACCCCUUCUUGGUCUGAGGGCACUGGAGAACAGUUCACAGGAAUGGAACUGGGGGAAGAGAAAAGGAACCUUGGGACUGAGCCUCCCACUGGCUGGUUAUAGGGCAGUUUAUGACCCUACCAGGGGCUUCCAGCAUGGCCAGGACAUUCCUUUUAUAUGUGUAUGUACAUAUAUACAAAUAGAUAUCUCUUAGACGGAGAAGAGUUGGACAUUAAAGAGCCAGUUGCAUCUGGUACCUGUGCAUACAGCCUCAUCAGCUUCAAGAGUGAAGCAGUUCGGGGCAGCUAGGUGGUACAGUAGAUAGAGCACCGGCCCUGAAGUCAGGAGUACCUGAGUUCAAAUACAGCCUCA